GUUAAAAGCAAAAUGGCUGCUGAACCGACACGAGAAUGGAGCGAUGAGCAGCUGAACAGUGAUGAUCUACCAAAAAAAGAUCUGAUCAAGUUUCUACAGGACAAUGCAUCACAUUCGUUUCUUGCUGAGCACAAGCUUCUGGGAAACAUCAAAAAUGUUGCAAAGACUGCAAAAAAGGAGCAGCUCAUUGUUGCCUACAACCAGUUGUUUGAUGGCAAGAGGUUUAAAGGUACAGAAGUGGAGCAGGUGACUGAAGAGGUGAAAGCUGUGAAAAUUGAAGACAAGCCCAAAGAAGCAAACAAAGACGUUGUUGAUGAGGGUCCACCCAGAUUCACAAAGGCAGUGUUAAAGAAGGGCGACAAGACUAACUUCCCGAAAAAGGGUGACGCAGUGUCCUGUUGGUACACAGGCACACUUGAAGAUGGCACUGUUUUUGAUACCAACAUCCCUACAGCAGCACGGAAGAAGAAACAGGCCAAACCACUUUCUUUUAAGGUUGGGACGGGCAAAGUUAUCAGAGGGUGGGACGAGGGACUCCUGACCAUGAGUAAAGGUGAGACUGCACGGUUGGAAAUUGAGCCAGAAUGGGCCUAUGGUAAAAAGGGUGUUCCUAAUGCCAAAAUACCACCAAAUGCCAAACUUACUUUUGAAGUUGAACUCGUAUCCAUUGAUUAAUACCCAGAUGACACGUCCCUAGACUUCCUCUAAUUUCACCAGUGAGGAAUUAACCAAGUCAUGCUUGUGGAACAAACAGAACAAUAAUCAACAGUAAACACUUCAGUACUUCAGGUGGAGUACAUUAUCUGCUCUGAUGGUGUCAACAUCGUUAUGUCCAUUUGAGAAGUUCCAAUAAACGAAGUGAACUUAAA